ACUAUUCCAUUUGUAUUUUUCACCUCGAGGAAGUAAAACAAUUAUCAUAUGCGAAGGCAGAGAGCAUGUCGUCAUAAGCCUCCACUGCAUCUCAUAAAAACAGAGCUCAAUGAUCAGAGUGUAUUGUCUUUUUGACAGUGACAUAGGCAAGGGGCUGUUCAUGGAGACGGUGACGUGAGGGGAUAUAUUAUCAUUUUGGGGCUACCGUGACAAUAAUGAAGAACCCACCAUUCUGAUUUCUGAACAAGAUAGGGAAUCUCCAAGAUAUUAUAAAUUUUUUCUGCUUUCUCUUUCUCUGGCGACUAGCGAGUAGCGAGGAAUACAGUUGUAUAAUCCCACGUCAUCAACUAAAUUAUUCAGAUAUUUCGACUAUUUGAUCCGUCCGGUCCUGUCCCAUGCAUUGUUGUAGCCCCUUCAAUUCUUCAAAUCAUCCAUAGGCCUUGAUAGCUAUCUGUUGGAUCAUUUGGAUCGAGACUUGGAGGGGCUAUGGCGGCUUUACUUCCCCACGACGAAGAGACGCCAUUGAUUGCUCUUUCUGAUGAUUCAACUCCCAAGAACCAUACGAGGGACGUUCAUAUCUUGAGCGUGGCAUUUCUGCUGAUCUUUCUCGCCUAUGGAGCUGCCCAGAACUUACAGAGUACUCUGAAUACCGAGCAGGACUUGGGUACAACUUCGCUUGGGAUAUUGUAUACGUCCCUCACUUUCUUCAGUCUGGUUGCUUCUUUGGUGGUUCGGGUACUCGGGUCAAAGAACGCUUUGGUUCUUGGGACAACUGGUUAUUUGUUGUACAUAGCCGCGAACUUGAUGCCAAAUUGGUUUACAAUGAUUCCAGCCUCGUUGUAUCUUGGAUUUUGUGCUUCAAUUAUAUGGGUUGGACAGGGAACAUAUCUUACUUUAACUGCACGUAGUUACGCCAGAGCGUACGACUUGCAUGAGGGAGCAGUGAUUGGUGACUUCAAUGGGGAAUUCUGGGCGGUGCUUGCACUCUUCCAGUUUAUUGGAAAUCUACUUACAUUUACUCUACUUAGAGAUGGACAGGAAGGAAGUACCAAAGGCACAGCUUUGUUAUUUAUCGUGUUCCUUAGCUUUAUGGUCUCAGGUGCAGUACUUAUGUGCUUUUUGAGCAGAAGGACUGAUGAAAACAAGGAAGAAUUAUCAGAUGCUUGUGUUGGUGUCCAUUCAUCCUUAAAGUCUCUAUACAAAUCACAUGCCGAUUCGUUUUCUGACGUAAGAAUGUUGUUGAUCAUUCCCCUCCUUGCAUACUCAGGACUACAACAGGCAUUCGUGUGGGCUGAAUUUACUAAGUAUGUUGUAACUCCAACGCUUGGCAUUUCUGGUGUUGGUUGUGCAAUGGCAGUGUAUGGGGCUUUCGAUACAGUGUGUUCCCUAGCUGCUGGUCGACUUGCCUCUGGUUUAACAUCUAUUGCGACAAUAGUUUCGGUUGGAUCUUUUGUUCAGGCAGGCGUAAUUGUCCUGCUUCUGCUAAAUUUAAGGUUAAGUACUGGGUUCCUUGACAUUCUGUACCCACUUUUCUUGGCUGCUUUAUUGGGCAUUGGCAAUGGAGUUUUUAACACGCAGCUCAAUGCUAUGCUUGGAAUGCUAUUUAAGCAUGACACGGAAGGAGCAUUUGCGCAGCUAAAGAUGUGGCAAAGCGCCCCAACUGCAAUAUUGUUCUUCUUGAGCCCUCAUAUCUCCUUCCAAGCAAUGCUUGUGAUUAUGCUUGCUUCAUUACUCUUGUCUUUUGGCGCUUUUCUACUGCUCACUCUCCAAUUAGCCAAGACAUCCUCCUUUCUCAGAGAGUGAUUGAGAAGAACAUCUUCCUGGCUACCAUUAUUUUAACCUUUGUCAAUGACACUGGAAAUUUUGAUACAAAUAUGAUUCAGAAUCAACUGUUGCGUACCAUGCAGAAAUUGCGUGCAGAGCAAUGUAACAUGUAAUGGCUGCUCCCUGCAAGUUUCAAAAUUUGUUUGUCUACUGCAACGAUAAUAAUAGUAACCCUCUUCUAUAAGUAACUAAUCACCUUUAAAUGCGUUAACCGACA